AUGGAGAAACUGAAUACUUCAGAGGUAGAUACAGCCAUGGCCGAGCAUGUUGCAUUUCCAGAUAAACCAUCUGUCACGCAUGAGGCUGCAGAACGUGGUCACGUAGCCACAGACGAAUAUGGCAACCCUCUGAUCACGUUUGAUCCACAGGCAGAGACUCGGCUACGCCGGAAGAUCGAUCUCUUUAUCCUCCCAACAGUGUCUCUCAUCUACUUGUUUUGCUUCAUCGAUCGAGUCAAUAUCGGCAACGCCAAAAUUGCGGGAUUUGAGAAAGACCUGGGUCUACAAGGCUACGAUUACAAUACAGUCUUAUCAUUAUUUUACAUCUCCUAUAUCAUCUUCGAAUUGCCUUGCAACCUCAUCUGCAAGCUGAUCGGUCCAGGCUGGUUUCUACCAAUGACGACAACCGCAUUUGGCGUAAUGACCGUCUGCAUGGCCUUCGUCAACGAUCUUGCAUCCGCAUGUGGGGUCCGUUUCCUCCUCGGUAUAUUCGAAGCUGCAAUGCUGCCAGGUAUCGCAUACUACCUAUCGAGAUGGUAUCGUCGGGAUGAACUCACAUUCCGUCUGUCGCUAUACAUGGCGAUGACUCCUCUAGCUGGUGCUUUCGGAGGUUUGUUGGCUUCGGGUAUUCUAUCACUAGGCCACUUCGGGUCUCUUCACUCGUGGAGAAUGAUAUUUGGCAUCGAAGGCAUCAUAACUAUAGGCUUGGGACUGAUCUCGUUCAUCACACUCACCGAUCGCCCUGCUACAGCUCGCUGGCUCUCGCAAGACGAAAAAGACUUGGCGAUCGCGCGCGUCAAGUCUGAACGCAUGGCUAGCACGGAGGUUCUCGAUCGAUUUGAUCGCAAGAAAGUCCUUCGAGGCAUAUUCUGCCCUGUUACCCUCUCAACAGGCUUGGUUUUCCUUUUGGCGGGAAUCAGCUCUCAAGGCUUAGCGGUCUUUCUGCCGACAAUCGUCAAGACCAUUUACCCAGGUACAAGCGUUAUCAGCCAACAACUCCAUACUGUGCCCCCUUAUGUCGUAGGGUGCUUUCUGGCGUUGCUCCUGCCGUACCUCAGCUACAAAUUCAACACUCGACAGAUUGUGAUGAUAUCAACUGCACCGAUCAUCAUUAUCGGCUACGCCAUGUUUGUUGGCACGUCUUUCACUGACGCUCACGUACGGUAUGCUGCUACAUUUUUGAUUGCAGGAGGCAUCUUCAUCUUUGGAUCUAUGACCAAUGCGCAAGUGGCGGCAAACGUCAUUUCUGAUACAGCGCGAGCAGCGGCGAUCGGCGCCAAUACGCUGGGCGGAAACAUAGGCGGUCUUAUCUCUAUGUGGUCCUUUUUACCCCAUGAUGCCCCGGAUUUCACCAUAGCAUGUGGCAUCAACCUGGCGACCUCUAGCUUGAUGUUCCUCGUUUUGGUUGGUUCACUAUUAUGGAUGCUUUGGGACAACAGAAAGAGGGAGAGACGUGGUCCAGAUUCAACUCUGGCCAAUUUGUCACAGCUGGAAAUCCAGGACCUUGAGUGGAAGCAUCCUCACUUUAGAUGGAGACCAUAG